AUGGCUAAUGUAAAGUUCGUUGAUUCGUUUGUGGAUGCGUACGCAAGUUUUCUUCUGAAGGGUGUGUCGGGUCAUUGCCCAUGUGUACUAAAGAUUCAACAUGUUAAUUACAACAAGCCUAAGCCGUUUAAAUUCACUAACUUGCUAGCGCUCAAGAAGGAGUUUAUGGAUGUGGUCAAAAGCGGUUGGGAUUUGGCUGUUGAUGGUGUCCCGAUGUUUAAAGUUGUAAAAAAGCUUUGUGGUUUAAAGCACCCGUUCAGAUCCUUAAUGUAUAAGCAUGGUAAUAUUCAUAAAAAAGUGCUUGACCUGAAGAAGGAGCUCGAUGAACUUCAGGCAGCUUUGGACUUGGAUCCACUGAAUUUGAGCAUGAAGGAAGCUGAAUCAGUUUGUGUUCAGAACUACCAGGAUGCAUUGCUUGACGAAGAGAGGUUCUUGAAACAAAAAGCAAAGCAGAAAUGGCUGGAGGUGGGAGACUCGAACUCGGCAUACUUUCAUAAUGUGGUUAAGUGUAGGAACCAUAUCAACAAAAUUCAUGUUAUUAAAGACAUCGAAGGUAACGUGUAUGAAGGGGAAGGAGUCGCCACGGCUUUGAUGAAUCACUUCCGGGGUUUCUUGGGCUCGAGUGGUGGUAUGGUUAAGCGGGUAUGUCAAGAUGUCUUCUCGACUAAACUCAGCUCUAAUGUAGGGAUGGUAUGUGUAGGCCGGUCACUCAGGAAGAGGAUUCUUGAAGGAUUAAAGGAGAUUAUUAGUGAUAAUCAAUCUGCUUUUGUUCCGGGAUGGAGAAUCUCGGAUAACAUAAUGUUAACUCAAGAACUCAUGCAUAAUUAUCAUCGGCAGGUGGGUCCUCCUAGAUGUGCAAUGAAAAUGGAUAUUCAAAAGGCUUACGACACUAUGGAUUGGCGAUUUUUGUGUGACAUUCUGCAUGGUUUUGGUUUUAAACUUCAGUUUAUAGAUUGGAUCAUGGAGUGUGUGACAUCUACCUCUUUUUCGUUAAGUGUGAAUGGUAAUAUUCAUGGUUAUUUUAGAGGUAAGCGAGGGUUUCGGCAAGGUAAUCCAAUGUCCCCGUAUUUGUUUACUAUGGUUAUGGAAGUCUUAACACUGCUUCUGAGCAAAGACGCUGGUCUAGAUUCAUCAUUCAUGUUUCAUAACAAGUGUGAAAAACAGAUGAUUAUUAACUUAUGUUUUGUUGACGACCUGUUCAUGUUCGCGAGAGGAGAUGUUAACUCGGUUAAAGUAAUUAUGCGAUCGUUGAAGGAGUUUGGAGAUGUUUCGGGCUUGCUUCCUAGUAACGCAAAAAGCACUAUUUUCUUUUGUAAUGUGCCGAACAGAACAAAGGAGAAAAUUUUGGAGCUGAUACCAUUUAAGGAAGAUAAACUGCCUAUCAAGUAUCUAGGGGUUCCGUUGUUGGCAUCUAGACUUCUAAUAAAAGAUUGUAAAGUCUUGGUGGAGCGGAUGAAUAAAAGAAUUUCGGAUUGGAAGAAUAGAUUCCUCUCGUUUGCUGGUAGACUCCAACUAGUUAUGUCGGUGCUUUCCUCCAUUCAGGUGUACUGGGCUUCAGUGUUUAUCUUGCCUAAAAGUACAAUAAAGGAGCUUGAAAGUAAAAUGAAGUGGUUUCUUUGGGGUUAUGGCACUGCUUCCAAAGGUAGAGCCAAGGUUGCGUGGAAGGAAGUUUGUCUUCCAAAGGCUGAGGGCGGCUUGGGUAUUAGAAGAAUUGAUGAUGUUAACAAAUCGCUAAUGGCAUUCCAUGUCUUUAGCAUUCUUUCAGGCCGAAGGUCGUUGUGGACUUCUUGGGUUGGUCUCUAUAAGCUGAAGCAACGUAGUUAUUGGGACAUUCCAGUGCAGAUUAACUCUCCAUGGGGCUGGAAAAAACUUCUAAAGUGUAGGCCUCUGUUUCCGGAUUAUUUUUGGAGUAAAGUGGGCAACGGCCGAAGCACGUUUAUCUGGUUCGACAAAAAGGUGUAG